AUGAAUUCACUAGCUAUUGUCAGCCUACUCGCUUUGUUGCCUGUUUGCUUGACUACUAACUGCUACGUAUGUAAUCCUGGCUCAUCAGGAUGCGAUCCAUUCAGUUCAGGUGGCUCCGGUGUAUCAACGACUUCAUCAUAUACAAACUGUUAUAAAGUCACUACCGGAUCUGCCUCGGGCACCUAUCGAGGCGGUUCUAGUGCCUGUUCAGCUUCUAGUGGUUCGAGUGCUAGUCUAUUUUGUUGCUCUACGGACUAUUGCAAUGGGGCUACAGUAAAAUACCAACCAUCGUCUGUGUUAGGACUUGCUCUUGCUGCUCUUUUCUUUGAGCGUCGACGUCUCUAG